AUGAAGCUUUUCGAUCGCUUCCGCAAAAUCGUCAUGCGGUUCGUUUUCCCCGUCCCGACGUCCGGCCGGAGAAGGCCGAGUCGGGCUGGGGAAACAAUGUCGGCUUCUGGGCCGGGCUCAGGACAGAGACGGAGAUCCUGUGACCGGCCCGAUCCACCGAAGACCUCAUGUAGCUCCUAUUAUUCAUCAACUUCUCAUUAUAAUGAAGCUAUUGCUGAUUGUAUAGAGUUUUUCAAUAAGUCAUCACAAGAUCAAGGGAUUUUUAGUGGUAGAAAAUCGGACGUUAUUGUGUGA